CUGGUUCUUCUGUCGUCACUGAUUCCUUCUCUGUUUCAUGUCUUCAGGUUUGCAUAAAGCUGUAGCUAGCUAAUUAGAGUUUCCAGGGUGAGGUUAGAUCAUGGAUGUUAGCGAGCUCGAGGAGAAUUUGUUCGCUGCUAGCGAUGCCAAGUUACAUAGAGAUAUGUGCAAGGAACUAUCUGCAGUUUAUUGCAAGGUAUUGUCCAUCUUCCCGUCGUUGGAAGAAGCAAGACCUCGGAGUAAAUCAGGGAUACAAGCCUUGUGUUCGUUACAUAUUGCACUUGAAAAGGCUAAGAACAUUCUUCAACACUGUUCUGAGUGUAGCAAACUUUAUUUGGCCAUUACUGGGGAUGCUGUACUAUUAAAAUUUGAGAAAACAAAAUCUGCACUUAUCGAUAGUCUUAGACGCGUGGAGGACAUUGUUCCUAGCUCAAUUGGGUCUCAGAUUUUGGACAUUGUUGGUGAAAUAGAGCACACCAAGUUCUUACUUGAUCCAUCAGAGAAGGAAGUUGGUGAUAGGAUAAUUGCACUAUUGCAACAAGGGAAGAAAUUUGACAACGGCAAUGACAGCACUGAACUUGAAAUUUUUCACCAGGCAGCUACUAGAUUAAGUAUAACUUCUUCUAGAUCAGCUCUGGCGGAGCGGCGUGCUUUAAAGAAACUCAUUGACAGGGCACGUGUGGAAGAAGACAAGCGAAAGGAGUCAAUUGUGGCUUACCUGUUGCAUCUCAUGAGAAAAUACUCCAAGCUAUUCAGAAGUGAGAUGAUGGAUGAGAAUGACUCUCCUUGUUCAACACCAUGUUCCCCCACUGGUCAAGGUUCUAAUGAAGAUCGUGUAAAUGCGUUUGGGCGUCAACUAUCCAAGUUUGGUUCUAUUAACUAUAAGCCUAUGAACAGUAGGAAAUCAGGACAGAUGCCCAUCCCACCAGAAGAACUUAGGUGUCCCAUAUCUUUGCAGCUUAUGUGUGAUCCUGUCAUUAUUGCUUCUGGACAGACUUAUGAACGGGUCUGUAUAGAGAAAUGGUUCAGUGAUGGACAUAACUCUUGCCCCAAGACUCAGCAGCAGCUCCCACAUCUUUCCCUGACUCCCAAUUACUGUGUUAAAGGUCUCAUUGCGAGCUGGUGUGAGCAGAAUGGGAUCACAGUCCCUACUGGACCACCAGAAUCUCUUGACCUCAACUACUGGAGAUUAGCCAUGUCUGACUCUGAAUCCCCCAAUUCAAAGUCAGUUGAUAGUGUAGGAUCGUGCACACCGAAGGGUUUUAAAAUCGUUCCUUUGGAAGAGAGUAGUACUAUUGAAUCUGAACGACAAGAAAAAGAAGAAAACAAUGAUCCUGAUGUCAAUGAUGAGGUGGAUUCUGAAAUCAAUGUUCUAGAGGGGUAUCAGGAUAUAUUGGCAAUCUUGGACAAAGAGGAGGACUUGGCUAAAAAGUGCAAAGUAGUAGAAAAUGUCAGGCUAUUGCUGAAGGAUAAUGAAGAGGCCAGGAUCCUCAUGGGAGCCAAUGGGUUUGUCGAGGCGUUUUUACAGUUUCUAGAGUCAGCUGUUCAUGAAAACAAUGCAGCCGCACAGGAAACCGGAGCUAUGGCUCUAUUUAACUUAGCAGUCAACAAUAACAGGAACAAAGAGUUGAUGCUGACUUCAGGGGUCAUCCCACUGCUGGAGAAAAUGAUUUCUUGUUCCCAAUCCCAAGGGCCAGCAACUGCGUUAUAUCUAAACCUCUCCUGCCUCGAGGAAGCCAAGCCCGUGAUUGGCUCAAGCCAAGCAGUUCCCGUUUUCGUUAAUCUUCUUCUUCAGGAAACCGAAACCCAAUGCAAGCUGGACGCCCUUCACGCCCUCUACAACCUCUCCACCUACUCUCCGAAUAUUCCCACUCUCCUUUCAUCAAACAUAAUCAAAAGCCUCCAAGUGCUUGCAUCAACAGGUAACCACUUGUGGAUAGAGAAGUCAUUAGCCGUAUUACUAAAUCUAGCCUCUAGCCGGGAAGGGAAAGAAGAGAUGAUAUCAACACAAGGCAUGAUCAGUACUCUUGCAACGGUGCUAGACACCGGUGACACGGUGGAACAAGAGCAAGCAGUUUCUUGCCUUGUGAUCCUAUGUACGGGAAGCGAGUCGUGUAUCCAGAUGGUGCUACAAGAAGGAGUAAUUCCAUCUCUGGUUUCGAUCUCAGUGAACGGAAGUCCCCGAGGAAGAGACAAGUCUCAGAAGCUUCUGAUGCUAUUCAGGGAACAAAGGCAAAGAGAUCAGCCAUCACCAAAGAGAGAUGAAGCUCCCAGGAAAACCGUAUCGGCACCAAUGGCUAUACCUGCGCCAGUUUCAGCUCCAGAGUCAGAAGGUUUAGGGUUUAGAUUCUCGACCAUGGCGAUUCUAGGGCUGAUCAAGAGGGUUACACGAAUAAGCAUAAACAAUUCGAGGAUCAGAGUGUACCCAGUGAGGUACUUCCAAAGCAAGGACUUUUCAAGUACAAAUUCAUUCAAUGGCGAAGAUGCUGCUAAGCUUCCUGUUCUGAUCGUCGGCGCUGGACCGGUGGGCCUCGUUUUAUCCAUCCUUCUCACCAAACUAGGAGUGAAAUGUGCUGUUGUGGACAAAGCCACAAGCUUCUCGAAACAUCCACAAGCACAUUUUAUCAACAACCGAUCAAUGGAGAUCUUCCGUGCAUUGGAUGGAUUAGCUGAGGAGAUUGAAAGAUCACAGCCUCCUGUAGAUUUGUGGAGAAAAUUUAUUUACUGUACAUCUCUCUCCGGCUCAACUCUAGGCACAGUGGAUCACAUGCAGCCUCAAGAUUUUGAGAAAAUUGUCAGCCCAGCUUCUGUUGCUCACUUCUCCCAGUACAAAUUGACAAAUUUAUUGCUUAAGCGGUUGGAAGACCUCGGCUUUCAUGUUCGAAGUUCCAAAGAGUCGGAUGGUCUUGAGGUUGACGCUGUGGUUGCGAGGCAAAUUCUUAUGGGUCAUGAGUGUGUGGCGAUUGAUGGUAACAAGGACAGUAUUACUGCAACUGUUUCUUUUCUCAAAGGAGGCAAGAAUAUGAAAAGAAACAUUCAAUGUAGUCUACUGGUUGGUGCUGAUGGUGCUGGGAGUGCUGUAAGAAAGCUCACAGAAAUAGAAAUGCGAGGGGAAAAAGAUCUACAAAAGCUUGUUAGUGUCCAUUUUAUGAGUAGAGAGCUCGGUGAGUACCUGAUCAGUAGCAGACCAGGGAUGUUAUUUUUUAUUUUUAACACCAACGGUAUAGGAGUUCUUGUUGCCCAUGAUCUUCUACAAGGAGAAUUUGUUUUGCAGAUUCCAUACUAUCCACCUCAACAGAGUCUAUCUGAUUUCAGUCCUGAGAUGUGCAAGAUGCUGAUAUUCAAUUUGGUGGGACAUGAGCUUUCAGACUUGGAUGUAGCUGAUAUUAAGCCAUGGGUCAUGCAUGCUGAAGUCGCCGAGAAAUUCAUGGGCUUUGAGAACAGAGUGAUACUUGCUGGUGAUGCUGCUCACCGGUUCCCGCCUGCUGGAGGUUUUGGAAUGAACACUGGAAUUCAGGAUUCUCAUAAUCUUGCAUGGAAAAUAGCAGCUCUUGUUCAGGGCUCUGCAAAAUCUUCGAUUCUUAACACUUAUGAAACAGAACGUAGGCCGAUUGCCCUUUCCAAUACUUCACUCAGUGUUCAGAACUUCAGAGCAGCUAUGUCGGUUCCUUCAGCGCUAGGCCUUGACCCAACAGUUGCAAACUCAGUGCAUAGGUUUAUAAACAAAACAGUUGGUUCCAUCCUUCCAACUGGGCUACAAAAGGCAAUCUUGGAUAAUGUCUUUGCACUAGGUCGUGCACAGCUUUCAGAAUCUAUAUUGAAUGAGAGCAAUCCACUGGGAAAUCAGAGACUUAGCAGAUUAAAGAGUAUCUUCGAAGGAGGAAAAAGCCUACAGCUACAGUUUCCUGCAGAAGAUCUUGGUUUCAGGUAUUUAGAGGGAGCCAUUGUUCCUGAUAACAAGUCUGAAGCUGGUGAUCCCGAAGUACCGAGUGGUCGCAGAAGAGACUAUGUGCCUUGUGCUGUACCAGGUUCAAGACUGCCUCAUAUGUAUAUGAAAAUACUGUCAGAUUCCACAAGAGAUGUUAUUGUUUCUACACUGGAUCUUGUUUCGACAGAGAAAGUGGAGUUUCUACUUAUAAUAUCGCCAUUACAAGAGUCCUAUGAGCUAGCUCGUGCUACAUUCAAAGUCGCUAAAGAGUUAAUGGCUAAUGUAAAAGUAUGCGUGGUCUGGCCUAGUAGUGAUGAAGGUCUUGAAAGGGAGAGCAAUUCAGCAUUAGCUCCAUGGGAAAAUUAUGUCGAUGUUAUGGAAGUGAAAAGACAAAAUGGUGAAGGAACUUCUUGGUGGAGUAUUUGUAAAAUGUCGGAGAGAGGAUCUAUUUUAGUCCGUCCUGACCAACACAUUGCUUGGCGAGCAGAGUCUGGUAUUACUUUGGAUCCUACUCUGCACAUGAGAGAUGUCUUCUCCACAAUACUUGGUAAACAAUGAUGAACAAUACAAUUUUAUUCCACAAAUUCCUUUGUAUACUAUUUAUUUUCAAAUAAAAUCACGUAAUUUUU